ACACACACACACACACACGCACAUACACACUACCUACACACCCACUAGUCACCCGCAGGACGCCCCCACGUACACACACACAUCAUCUCUCUCCUCACCAAAGAUGCGUCUUUCAGAUCUCAGAGUACUGGUGGUGAUAGUUGGGCUCUGUCUCCUGGUCGACCUCGUCCUCUCUAAACCAGAAGCCAGACGACCUGCCAAGAAGAAGUCACGACCCAUCAUAAGAGUACGACCCAGAAGACGAUACGGUUAUCACUAUGGUGGAGGCUGGAGCACCAAUGUCCUUCACAACAUUGUGGAAGUCAAACCUUUCUUCAUAUUCCCAGGCGCUAUCCUACCGAAGGAGAUGAUGACAGAUGCGACCUUUACUAUACUAGCACCACCAGCACUGCUAGCACCACCAGCACCACUAGCACCACCAGCACCACUAGUACCACCAGCACUACUAGCACCACCAGCACCACUAGCACCACCAGCACUACUAGCACUACCAGCACUACUAGCACCACCGGCAACACCAGCACUACCAGCACCACCAGUAUUACUAGCACCACCAGCACUUCCAGCAUUAUCAGUAUCAGAAUUAUCCGCACCACCAACACUACCACCACCAUCAGCACUAUCUGUACCACCAGCAUCACCAGAAUUACAAGUAGCACCAGUCGUCACCACCCUUCAGUUGUCACCAACACCGCCAGUGGUAAUAACACCAGUGGUAUACACCACCACCAACAACCACCACCACCACCACUCUCCCUAUUAACCACUACAACAAUCACCACCACCACUAUCCCAGGCACCCACUACAACAAUCACCACCACCAGUCUCCCUAGCAACCACCACAACAAUCACCACACUGUAUAAUACAACCGAUACAACAACAAAUCUCACCAAAUAUAAAACAGAACUCGAGAAUAAAUGUAAAGAACAAGAAAAUAAUAAAGAAAAUAAAUAUAGUGGAACCAGCAAUGUUAUGCACUAAUUUUUCAGCUGACUGAAUCCUGGAGUGUGAUAAAUGGUUUAAAAAAAAGACAAGUCGAAUAUUGAGACACUUAUGAAACCACACAGUGGCUUCAUCAGUCCAAUACAAAGCAGAAAGCUGCAUGGAGAGGAGGAGUUUGAGGUAAUCAGUCCCUCAACCUGGAGCCGAUGUGUUCAGUCCAUCAGUCUUGUAGAAUGUACAGCAUAGGGCCGUAGACGUGGCUUAUAUACUGUAGUGAGGUGAGGCGAAGCAGGCGGAGGCGGGGUCGUAGUGGUACCAUCCACUAGUCGAAGUAGGUCUUCGUCCGAAGGUUGGACAAGUGUUGAAGAAUUCUUUGUAUCAAGAUCUCAUGAUGCUGCAGUGUCUGACAGUGUCUGCUUUGUAUUGGACUGAUGAAGUCACUGUGUGGCGAAACAUUUCCUCAAUAAAGAUUCCCAUAUGUUGCAUAAGUGCCUCAAUCUUCAACCUAGAGUGAACCUUGAUAAGUGAGACACUUGUCCAACAGUGGCUAUCUUUAUUCUGGGAACGUUUUUCCCUCCAGUGGGAACGUUUCUCCCUCCAGUGGCUUCCUCAAUCCAACAAGAAUAAAAAGGUACAAUACCCUGACUGGAACAUUACACAAAUAACCCGCCCGUAGGAGAGAGAAACUUACCACCAGGUUUCCAUCCGAUUUGGACCAUUUACAAGGUGCAAAAUGGGGAGAAGUUGGAGGUACACAGUCCCUGAACUCCUCAUCUUCCACCUUUCUCUGCAGUGGACUGAAGAAAACGAAACGUUACAAGAAUAUAGAUACCUGUCAACUUGUGGGGUUUCUAACCCAUUUAUCCAGAAAGUGAUCGCCAGCUUGUGGGGUUUCUAACCCAUUUAUCCACUAAAUGAUCACCAUCUUGUGGGUUUCCAGCCCAUUUAUCCAGUAAAUGAUCACCAUCUUGUGGGUUCCUAACCCAUUUAUCCACUAAAUGAUCACCAACUUGUGGGUUUCUAACCCAUUUAUCCAAUAAAUGAUCACCAUCUUGUGGGUUCCUAACCCAUUUAUCCACUAAAUGAUCACCAUCUUGUGGGUUUCUAACCCAUUUAUCCACUAAAUGAUCACCAUCUUGUGGGUUUCUAACCCAUUUAUCCACUAAAUGAUCACCAUCUUGUGGGUUCCUAACCCAUUUAUCCACUAAAUGAUCACCAUCUUGUGGGUUUCUAACCCAUUUAUCCAAUAAGUUAUGGUAAAAACUAUUGAAGACUAAUUCUGAGAGGAAGUACAACCCAAAAUGAAAAAAAUCAUAUAAGAAAUACUAUCUCAACGUGUCUGAUAAAAUUUGUAUAAUAUUCUAGCCUCGUUAAAAUCUGUUUUAUAACGAAUUCUCCAUUAAUCGUAUUUUAACAAUGUUAGUAAAGUGUCUACCACAUAA